AUGAACCACUCGAAACCUCUGUGCCGUAAUUACACACCCAAUGUAGUGGACCAAGUCCUCACUGCCAUGCUAAAAAACCAACCCUUCAAUUCCGAGCUCGCUGCCUCAGCCACCACCUCUCAGCCAUGGACCUCCGAGUCAGUUACCCAAGUCCUAAUCUCCAUACCCAGAUUCUUCUUCCAGUCCCCCCGUUCCAUCGGUCGCCAACAUGGCUUUCGACACCGUGCUCCGUUAAAGCAACGCAAUCUCAGAGAAGAAUCUUAUAGGUUCCAUAACAACGUGCUCGUUCUUGGCCCAGCUGCCCACAAAGACCUUCACAAGGUUCAGCUGGGAUUGGACAAAGCGCUUGAAUUCUUCUACUGGGUCGAAACCCAUUUUGGGUUUGUUCACAAUGAGCAAACUUGUAGGGAUAUGGCCAUUGUUUUGGCUAGAGGGAAUAAAUUGAAAGCCCUCUGGGAUUUUCUUAAAGAAAUAUCGAAGAGAGGGAGUGGUGGGCUGGUGACUACCCAGACCAUUACGUGUUUGAUAAAAGUCCUAGGAGAGGAGGGACUGGUUACUGAUGCAUUGGCUGCUUUUUAUAGAAUGAAGCAGUUUCAUUGUAAACCUGAUGUGUAUGCUUAUAACACUAUUAUUUAUGCUCUCUGCAGAGUUGGGAAUUUUAAUAAGGCCCGGUUUUUGUUGGAGCAGAUGGAGUUGCCGGGCUUUAGAUGCCCGCCGGACGUGUUCACUUAUACGAUUUUGAUUAGUUCUUAUUGUAGAUAUGGCUUGGAGACUGGGUGUAGGAAGGCCACUAGGAGGCGGAUGUGGGAAGCAAACCACAUGUUCCGGAACAUGCUUUUCAGAGGCUUUGUCCCUGAUGUUGUCACUUACAAUUCUUUGAUCAAUGGCUGUUGCAAAACCUACCGGAUCGAGAGGGCUUUGGAGUUGUUUGAUGAUAUGAACAGAAUGGGUUGUACCCCCAAUCGGGUUACUUACGAUUCCUUUAUUAGAUACUACGCUGCUGUUAAUGAGAUUGAUAAGGCGGUUGAUAUGUUACGGAAGAUGCAAAAUAUGAAACAUGGAAUGCCCACUUCAAGUUCUUACACUCCAAUCAUUCAUGCCUUGUGUGAAGCAGGAAGGGUUAUAGAGGCUCGGGAUUUUCUUGCUGAGUUGAUCGAUGGAGGCUCGAUACCUAGAGAGUAUACUUAUAAGUUAGUUUGUGACGCACUAAAUUCAGCUGGAGAAUUCAAUUCGCUUGAUAAAGAUCUGCAUAGAAGAAUAAAAUAUGGUAUAGAGAGUAGAUAUAGGCAGAUAAUGAAGGUGAAGCCGAUUAUGACUCGCAAAGGAUACGAUAGCAUGGUGGAAACUUGA